AUGGAGUUCGACCCCAUCGCGUCAUCCUCAGAGCUACCCAGCUACUCCCCGUCAAUACCCUCUCCCUCUUACUCUUUCGAGCUAGCAUGUGGUGAACGGCUGCUCGAGCAAACACCCCGGACGCGUUCGACGCGACCUGCGGCUGAUUCUGUCUUCAUAAAGCGGGCGGGUAAAACCACUAUUGUCCUCAAUGAUCAGGAAGAGGGCGCGACCAUUCCUAAAUACGGUCGACAGGGUAUUAUCUCUGGCUCAGUGUUCUUCGACCACACCGAGAAUAUUGUCGAUGUUACUCUAAAAAUAAAAGGCAAGAUGGAUCUCACCAUCUCAGAGGCCGGAGGUGAAUCGAUCAAGCUUGUUGAGAGCGCGUACAAGUUAUGGUCACAAUCGUCUUCCCCUUCUACCUCGCGGACCGAGAGACCGACAUGUCCUGGACAACUCGUGUUUUCCGCCAUCCUGCCCACGACCUUUACCAUUGAGGGCAAACAAGUUCCACUACCUCCAUCAUACAGCGUCAACCACUAUAACGUCCCCAGCCUGUUUGUGAGAUGUUCAUACACCAUCCACCUGGUCAUCACACAGACACGGUAUAAGAAAAUGGAUAUUUGGCCAAAGACCAAACAGAUCAUGAUCCCUUUCAACUACGUGCCUAGAACACGCGCUCACCGACCGAUCAUUCCUAGUCCUUGCUUCUUUUCUGCAGUUAAGACCUCGCCGGAAGAAUGGUACCAAGCAGUGACACCCCUCAAAACUCGUCCAAAUGUUCAGUUGGAUCCAACAUAUUGUCACUUAUUUAUUCCUGGAGCCCGAAUCUAUGGUUUGAAGGACACCAUUCCAUUCCAUGUUCAGCUAACGGGAAACGUCUGCUCGCUCCAGAAGAUGUUUUCCGUUCAGCUCGAGCGAGUUCUAAGCGCGGAUUCAUACAACACUGUCGCAUCCAAAAAAUACGGAGAGGAAAAACCGCUGCUUAAAGUGUCUCUGCUACGACAAGUAUCCGUCACGAUGAAAGGAUUGAAGUCAUUCAAAAACAGUAUCAUAGGGGAGGGCUCAAUUCGGGCUAUACCUCCUGAUCUAACCGCAUGUCCGAUGGGGACCUGCAGAGAGGGGCAUGUAGAUUGGGAGGGCGAGUUGAGAUGUUCGGAAGAUAUUGUAACUGGGGGAUUCGAUGCGACGAGUGUCCAUGUCAAGGAUUUCAUCUCAUUGACAUUGACACCGCCUACACAGCAGUCGCCUCUCCUUGCCCUCCAAAUCACGAUUCCAAUCAGGCUGGUAACCGAUUCAUGCGACGUCUCAAGUUUUGAGCUCGCUUCUCGGUGA